AUGUAUGAGAAGCGCGGCGCGCACUUUGGACGUGGAACGUGGAACGGACGCACCGUUGCUCGAAUUACACGCUUCCUCCAUCCUCAAGCGCGCUUACCACUCUCCGCGCCUAAAUGGGUAAUCGGCAUUUUCGCUCCUCCCAACACCAAUGCCUCAGAAGAGCACAUCAAGCGACAUGGUCGGCGGUUAGACUACUAUGAGCGGAAACGAAAACGGGAAGCCAGGGCCGUUCACCGUGCCUCUGCUACCGCCCAGAAGGCGUUUGGUCUAAAGGCUAAAAUUCUACAUGCUAAACGCCAUGCUGAGAAAGUACAGAUGAAGAAAACACUCAAGGCGCACGAUGAGCGUAAUGUCAAGCAAAAAGAUUCAUCAACAGUGCCAGACGGCGCUCUGCCGACAUACCUGCUUGAUCGUGAAGGGCAGAAGGACGCAAAAGCACUGUCGACGGCAAUCAAGGAGAAACGGAAGGACAAGGCGGCGAAAUAUACCGUCCCCCUGCCCAAAGUUCGAGGAAUUGCAGAGGAUGAGAUGUUCAAGGUUAUGCGGACGGGAAAGAGCAAGAAAAAGGCGUGGAAGCGGAUGGUCACAAAGGCAACGUUCGUAGGGGAAGGCUUCACCCGGAAACCGGUCAAGAUGGAGCGAUUCGUGCGGCCUAUGGCGUUGCGUUAUAAAAAGGCAAAUGUCACUCAUCCUGAUCUCAAAGCGACCUUCCAGCUACAAAUCUUAGGUGUGAAGAAGAACCCCCAAUCGCCAAUGUACACUCAGCUGGGUGUCCUAACCAAAGGCACUGUGAUUGAAGUAAAUGUAUCAGAAUUGGGCAUGGUCACCGCAGGCGGGAAGGUCGUAUUCGGGAAGUAUGCACAAAUUACAAAUAACCCUGAGAACGAUGGAUGCAUCAACGCUGUCCUACUUGAAAGACAACGCAUGCAGCUUGACAGGCUGCUUAAAGACCCAUCUAAGCCUGCAUAUGUCCCCACACCACCGAAAGAAAAGAGUGUUCGUCCUGCACGGGAGAUGAUGAAGAAUGUGCAGGGCUCCAGCGCCGGUGCAGGCAGUGGCGAGUUUCACGUCUACAAAGCAAGUAGGCGGAGGGAGUAUGAGAGGCUGAAACUCAUGGACGAGAAGGCACAAAAGGAAACAGACAUGGCUGAGUUCGAGCGGAAGAGAAAAGAGUGGGAGGACCAGGCUGAAGCAAAGACCGCGAAAAACCGCGCCAAGAGACAGAAGAAAAAGGGACGUAGCAAAGGCAAUACCACUGAGAAAGAGUCUACCUCUGGUGCGGGUGCCUCUGCGGACGUGCCGGAUGUCCCAUUAAAGAAGAGGCGCCUCGUCAGUGGGAAGGAGCUUAUUUUCAGAAAACCUGGCGACGAGAGCGAUGAAGGCAGCGAGGACGAUAUCGGACCUGCUCCGCCCGUACCUGCAGGACCUGAUCAUGACGAUACACCGACCGAUACUCCUCCAGUUGGCGUGAUAGACGCGCCACGAAUCACAAUACACGAGGAGGACUCCAUAUGA